UAAGGUUACAAUGAUGUCUAAAAUCGUCACUUUGGUAGUGGUUGUCCUGGUUUUGGGGCAGCCGAGCUUGGCCGACAAAGACAGCAGCAGCAGCAGCAGCAGUGAAGAAAGUUUCUCAAGUGACACCAACGGAUGUAGCAUUGCUCCACGUCAGAGAAGAGAGUGCGGAUAUCGUGGAAUCAGCGCUUUGGAAUGUGAAAAACGGAACUGCUGCUUUGACACCAGUAUCUCAGAAGAAAUCUGGUGUUUUUUCAGCAAAUUCCAAGAUAAUUCACAGUGCAGUGUAGGCACCAAAAAAAGAAAGGACUGCGGUUACCCUGGGAUCAGCGCCAAGGAGUGCCAAGCCAUUGGCUGCUGCUUUGAUGCAAGCACUGGAGGGGUUAACUUUUGCUUCUAUCCAAAGUUUAAAGGUUGUUCCGUGAGCCACAAAUUCAGAAAGGAAUGUGGGUAUCCGAAUAUCAGUGGCAAGGACUGCCAAUCCAAGGGCUGCUGUUAUGAUUCCAGCAUCCCAGAAACCAUCUGGUGCUUCCAUGGUUCUAAAUAAAAUGAUGAAUAUUUUGUCUGUAACCGCUGGUCCAACAUCAAUAAAUGACACAAAUGUCUUGUGUUCAAUAUUUGCAGCAUGAUAUGUUUGUCAUGAAUCAAAUUUAUUAAACCACAUAAUCCUGUUA